AUGCCCGCAACCAAGUGCUUGCUGCUGUUGCUCCUGGCAGUGGUGGCUCUUUCCACCACCACCGCCAACUCUCUUCCCGCCGAUGACCACCGCAAGCCUCUCCCUAUGCCCCACAAACCACCGCCGGAGCACGGCCUGCCACCUCCCCACGGCCCCAAGCAUCCUCCGUUGGACAACCCGCACCCAACCUUCGAUAAACCCCCAAAGCUGGGAAAGAAGCCGUCAACUCCACUUGACAAACCGCCCAAGCCAUACAAACCGGCGCUCGGCCACAAACCGCUGCCUAAAGGGAAGAAACCACCGCCGAAAGAGCACAAGCCAUUAUUCCCACCUUACGGCGGUCACCUCCCGGGUCACCCUCCGGUGGGGAAUGACGAACACUCGAUUCCUAAGCAACCUGGCAAACUGCCGGUGCCGCCUCCAACUGCUCCUUUUAAGAAGCAGCCACAGCUGGCACCUAAGAAACCGCGGCCGAGCUGGCCACCGCACGGCCCUCCAUCUACCACCCAUUAG